GAAAUCUCCGAAAGACUACAGAAAAUAACCCUGAACGCUGGAAUUAAGAGAUUUCAGGCCAGUCGUGUUGUGCGUCUCAAAGUGGUAACUAGUGAUAUCAACAUGGUUCUGGACACUGAAGAUUGGGCUGAUGAGCUCCCACCAGAACAGAUUGCCGUCCUUCGCAAGGCAUUCGAUGGCUUCGACCACAACCGCUCUGGCAGUAUCCCGUGUGACUUCGUAGCUGACAUCCUACGUAUGAUGGGGCAGCCAUUCAACAAGAAGAUUCUUGAAGAACUCAUUGAGGAAGUCGACGCAGACAAAUCUGGACGUCUUGAAUUCGGAGAAUUCGUAACGCUCGCUGCCAAGUUUAUCGUAGAAGAGGACGCUGAAGCUAUGCAGAAGGAGCUCAGAGAAGCAUUUAGAUUAUACGACAAGGAAGGCAACGGUUACAUUCCCACCUCAAGCUUGCGUGAAAUCCUCCGUGAACUGGACGAGCAGCUAACGGAAGACGAACUUGAUGGUCUCAUUCAGGAAAUUGACACAGACGGCAGCGGAACAGUUGACUUCGAUGAAUUCAUGGAAAUGAUGACCGGAGAAUAAAUUGCUUAUCUAUUUAUAUACUUUAAGUCUAUCAUAAUUUACAUUUUGGUACUUCAACAUUUCGAGAUAUUGGACAAUAAAAAAUUAAAAUCUAUUUUAAGUAUCAUGUAUGUAUUUGUAAACACAAAUUAUGUUAAAUAUAAACUGAUGUGUGUGUCUGCGUAUGGUAUCUCUUUUUAAAUAAAUCAUUUACAAUA